UUCUGGUUUUCAUAACAGUAGCCCCCUCCAGUAGGGUUGAGGCAUGGGAGGAGCUUGCCCAAACUCAAAUAAACACUGACAUGCAGCAUCUUAUGAAGAUGUGCAGCCUCCACAGGACACACUGCAACAGCUGGAAGGACAAGCACUGAAACUCUCUGGCAAGAUGAUCAAGUCCUUCAAGCAAACAUUUCUGUCCCUGGACCUGCAGUCCCCUCGCUGGAGCUCAGCAGAGGCAAUGGCCAAGGACUAUGAACUGCGUCAGUACGAGACAGCCAAGUGGGUCAGCACGGUCAUCAGGGGGGAAAGCCAGAAGGAAGCAAUGCGCCAGGGCUUCUGGAAACUCUUCCACUACCUCCAGGGAAAGAAUGAAAAAGAAAUGAAGAUUGAUAUGACUGUGCCAGUGACCUGCCUGGUAAAAUCAGGCUGCACAGACUUCAAGAUCUCUUUCUUUGUGCCAUUUGAACACCAGGACUGUCCCCCCCAGCCCACUGACUCCGAUGUGUUCAUUGAGGAACAUAAGGCAGCAGCUCUCUUUGUCCGAUCCUUUGGUGGAUUUGCCUCCCCAGAGAAGUAUGCUGAGGAAGCUGAUGCCUUGGCCAGAACCUUAAGAAACAGAGGCCAACCAUUCCACGAAGAUUUCUUUUAUACUGCAGGCUAUGACAGUCCCUUCAAGCUCUUCAACAGGCAUAAUGAAGUGUGGUAUUUUAAAAAGUAACACAAUGGGAGAAUAUUAAGUGGCUACUAAUCAGCUCUGGAUGAAAACAGACCUUAUUAUUGGCUUUUUAGUGCAGAAGAGUUUUAGUUCACAUGUGGACUCUGUCCAAAUAUAUUUUCUCUAGGAUGAAGUACUUUUCUGGAUAAAAACAUUUUAAAAUGUAAUUCAAAAUCAUACCAGAUGGAGUGGGUGGGAAAUGUAACAAAUUCACUCCUCCUAUUGAAAGAUUCUAAGCCACACUAAUAAUGUGAAAAUAAUCCUGCUGAAUUUUAAGUAUGUAGUUUAUUUCUCAUUAGAAGUGCUACAGCAGUAGUUGAAAUGUUAUGGAAAGGGAGUUCUUCAUAACUGACUUUCAUAUGCUGACUUUCCUCAUAUUGACAUCACCCCUGAGACCAGGGAGGAAUUUAAAUGAACUUUUCAGAAAAGCAAGCUUCCCUUAAGGAGCAUUAGAAAGCAGAAACAUAAUGGCAGGCCUCAGUGACUUCUAAACAGUAACUGUUGUUAAUUAGCAUUUGAAAAUCUCCCACCUCUGCAACUUUUUCCCCCUCUGAAGACCAAGUGUUGUGUUGUUUAAAUCCAGAACCCUUGGAAACAGGUUACCAGGUCCAAGCUGUACACUUGUUCUGAGAAGAUCUCCACCUCAACAUGUAAUACCAGGAUUACUGGUAGACUAUUACUUUAGUAGCAAAUAGCCAAGUUUAGCUCUCUCAUUAAAACACUUGAAAUAAAUACUCCUUAACUUAUUUAGCUUUCUCAAAAAUAUGGUGACUUGCAGCCUGCACACCAGCAGUAUUUGACACCUCAGUUAAGACACUUGCAGAACUAGCAUCUAGCCUAGUUUAGUACCUGCUCUA